AUGAGGUGCUACAACAAUUACUCCUUCACGGUUCUUCUCUCUCUUCUGCUUACGCCCAUCUUUAUUUCAAAAGUUGUCGCAAAGUGUCAAACCGAAUGUGGAAAUAGAAAGAUCCCGUACCCCUUUGGAAUAAGAAAUGGUUGCUAUCUCGACGACUGGUACGAAAUCGAAUGCAGAAACGCUACCUCUCCGUUCCUAGUCAAGAUGGGCAUGGAAGUCGUGGAUAUCUUUCUUCCAGGUGACGGAGAGUAUUUUUAUAGUUCGACGUCAUUCGGGUCAAUCCGUAUCAAAAGCCCAAUAACAUCCGUUGGAUGUUCCAGAGAAGGAAAAGAGUUUGGAUCGGUUUUGAAUUUGACGGAUAGCCCUUUCUUUCUUGGGAGUGGAAACAGUCUCGUAGCGGUUGGUUGCAACAGCAAGGCGUUGCUGACUAAUAUGGAACCCAUCAUGGUGGGAUGCGAGUUGAAUUGCAAUGCAAGCAAAGAGACGUUACCUAGCGAGAGCAUCCCAUUUUUCGACAAAACCGGAUGUUCUAACAACAUGCUGCCUUAUACUUACAAACCGGUUUGUACAAAGAACAGAGGGGAAGACGAAAGAAGCUGCGAUGGUAACGGAUGCUGCCGUGCUAGUCUAUCCGAUGAGGCUGAGGCUCACCAGGUGGUCGGUGUUAGGAUAGAGAGCUCUGACGAUCAUGGAAACUCGAGUAGCCGAGAAUGCAGAGUCGCUUUCUUAACCGAUGAAGUCUACACGUUAUCGAAUGCAACCAAUCCACAAAGCUUUUACGCUAAAGGGUAUGCUACUGUUAGGUUAGGAUGGGUCAUUCAGACGAAGAAUCUUUUCUUCCUAAACUCCUUGAGCUGCAAAAACCCAGUAGAGUACCAUAUUUUAGCAUAUGAUAUUCAAUCCAGAACAAGUUGCUUAUGCAACAAUAUCACCAUUUCUGGGACCAAUUAUGCAAACUGUGGAUGCAACCAAGGUUACACAGGCAACCCAUACCUCUUCAACGGAUGCAAAGAUGUUAAUGAGUGCCUACACUAUCCUGAUGGCAGUCGCCAGUAUUGUAGAGAAAGCGACACUUGCGUGAAUGGGCCUGGAGAUUACGAUUGCGUGGGCGAUAAGACUGGGGCAAUAAUGAUAGGAGUAGGUGCAGGUUUUGGCAUCUUAGCCCUAGUAGGUGGAAUCUGGUUUCUGAGAAAGUUUCUUCAGAAGAGAAAGGUGACUCAGAGGAAAAGGAAGUUCUUCAAACGUAACGGGGGACUAUUGUUGCAACAGCAAUUAAAUACAACAGAAGGCAACGUCAAGAAGACAAAAAUAUUCAGCUCGAGAGAGCUUGAAAAAGCCACUGAAAACUUCAGCGAAAACAGGAUACUCGGACAAGGUGGUCAAGGCACCGUGUACAAGGGAAUGCUUGUAGAUGGUCGAACUGUUGCUGUCAAGAAAUCCAAAGUAGUAGAUGAAGACAAACUAGAGGAGUUCAUCAACGAGGUCGUCAUUCUCUCACAGGUCAACCAUAGGCAUGUAGUCAAGCUCUUGGGAUGUUGUCUUGAGACAGAGGUUCCUGUUCUGGUUUAUGAGUUUAUCCCCAAUGGUAACCUUUUCCAACAUAUCCAUGAAGAAUCAGAUGAUUACACAAUGAUCUGGGGCGUGCGUCUACGCAUUGCCGUUGAUAUUGCAGGAGCUCUUUCGUAUUUGCACUCUGCUGCGUGUUCUCCUAUCUACCACAGAGACGUCAAGUCAACGAACAUACUACUAGACGAGAAGUAUCGAGCCAAAGUGUCUGAUUUCGGUACUUCAAGAUCAGUAACCGUGGAUCACACUCACUGGACAACAGUUAUUUCAGGUACAGUCGGAUAUGUGGAUCCAGAGUACUACGGAUCCAGCCAAUAUACCGAUAAGAGUGACGUUUAUAGCUUUGGAGUGGUCCUCGUUGAGCUUAUUACAGGAGAGAAGCCUGUCAUAACACUUCCAGAUUCUCAAGAAAUAAGAGGCUUGGCGGAUCAUUUCAGAGCUGCCAUGAAGGAGAACAAUUUCUUUGAUAUAAUGGAUGCUCGAAUAAAAGAUGCCUGCAAACCGGAACAAGUGAUGGCAGUGGCAAAGCUAGCAAGGAGGUGUUUGAACUCCAAGGGAAAGAAGCGGCCAUAUAUGAGACAAGUGUUUACAGAGUUAGAGAAGAUAUGCUCAUCUCCGGAGGAUUCAUUGGUAGAGAUUGAAAACGGCGAUGGUGAUGAUGAAGAGGAAGAAGGAAUGAAUAUGAUAGAGAUAGCCGAUUCGUGGACCAUUGGUGUUACUGCAGUUACUGCUCCAGCCUCUAGUACUGUCGCUUCUUCAUCCUUGACAGAUGUUGAACCAUUGUUUCCUAGUCCUACAUGGUGA